CCAUAUCCACAACAGAGAGAGAGAGAGAGAGAGAGAGAGAGAGAGAGAGAGAGAGAGAGAGAGAGAGAGAGAGAGAGAGAUUCUGAUACAGCCAUGGCACUCUCCACCAUACCCACUCUCAAACUAAACCCUCUCAUCCUCCCAAAACCCGCUCCCAAACCCUCCAAUUCCCUUCCUCCUUCUCCUUCUCCUUCUCCUUCUGCUUCUUCAUUUCGUUGUUGUUCCUCUCCGAAACCGAAUCCUCCGACCAACACGAGGCGGGCAUUCGAUCUGGGAAUCGGUCUUUUCGCCGCUUCGGCGGUGGGUUUAACGCCGUUCGAUGCCGUUGCAACCAGAAUCGAGUACUACGCCACCGUGUCGGACCCGCCGUGCGAGUUCAAUUUCGCCAAGUCCGGCCUUGGUUACUGCGACGUCGCUGCUGGGUACGGCGAGGUCGCCCCACUCGGUGAACUUAUCAAUGUUCACUACACAGCAAGGUUUGCUGAUGGGAUAGUUUUUGACAGCAGCUAUAAACGAGGUAGAUACCUGACUAUGCGCAUCGGUAUUGGGAAACUGAUAAAGGGAUUGGAUCAAGGCAUCGCAGGGGGUGAAGGUGUACCCCCAAUGCUAGUUGGUGGAAAGCGUAAACUUCAAAUUCCACCGAAGUUAGCCUACGGGCCUGAAGCUGCUGGCUGCUUUUCAGGUGACUGCAAUAUCCCUGGGAAUGCAACUCUGGUAUACGAUAUCCACUUCGUUGAGGUCUACAAAGGAAAUAGGGCGAGGUGAAGGAGAUCCAAUUCACGUGUUAGCAAAUACUUGAUAAACGCAGGACAGGAUGUUCAAGUCUAGAACAACAUUGCGCUGAAUAGUUUCUGAGCCUGAAUAUGCCAGACCAUCAUCAGCAAAAGCAUUCACAUUUAUCAGAAGAAUGAGAAGUGCAUGUUGCUUCUCAGUUCAGCUGGAUCGCUUGGAACCAAGAAUUCGUGCUCUUAAUUGUGUCCUUCACCGGUUGAAAUGUACAUUAUGCGCAUAUAUUUGUAGAAUUCCAGAUCCAAGUUGGAAAUGAUUGUGCGACCUGUUUGAUUUUUCUUCCUCUGUAUUAUAUUUUUUAGCUUCGGUUGAGGCUCGAUUGUCAGCUUACAUUUACAUUUUUAGGUGGUACGAAUCGAAGAUUUUGUAAAGCCCAAA